GGAGUCGGCCCUCUGUGGCUCUACUCUGUACAUCUCGGGUUCAGAUUGCCAUCUUUUAGAACAGCAGGAAUAAGCUCAACACCAGCUGAUUUGUUCGGGAUUCUUCGUAGAGCCAUCGCACAGUUUCCGCGGUUGGAGAGAGACAGGAGACUCGCUGGCAUCAUGGACCCAGAAAUGAGGAAUCUCCCCGCACUCGACCCCCGAGGCAUUUUUAUAAGAAUCCAAUGACCGCGGGACUGUCCAGGCAAUAACAAGGCACCGCAGUACUAUUGAAAUUGUAAGUUAUUCGGUAUAGCUUUCCUUGGGCAUCUCAUUCUCCUUGGUGACCACCGGGAAGCAUCUCACUCCUGGCAUUUCAAGAAUAUAAAAAUAAUCCAGCCUCGCAACGAUGCGUCUAAACUACGUCGACAACCCUCCCACCAACCUCUCUCCGGAGGAUCAAGAGGUUCUGGAACGGGUCAAGGCACGACGAGGUGCUAUGGGUUUGAUCCCCUUGGACUUGACACUAUUGCACGCGCCGAAAGUGGCAGAUGGCUGGAACGCCUUAUUGGGCGCGAUUCGGACAAAGAACUCCUUACCAGCCGACAUCCGCGAGAUUGCCAUCUGUCGGCCCGCACUCAUUAACCGCGCCUGGUUUGAAUGGAACGCCCAUGCCCCAAUCCUCCUGCAGUCGCCUGGGUUCACCGAGGAGAAGUUGGAAGUCGUCAAGCAGCUGCACCCGACCUCAAAAGGAGCUCUCGAUGACAGGCAAUGGGCCGUCCUGAGAUAUGCGGAUGCCAUGACCCGAGAGGUGUCGGUGCCCCAGAGCCUGUUCGACGAAGUGAAGGCGGCUGGAUUCAAUGAACAGGAAAUUGUUGAGAUCACCGCCACGGUCGCAAGCUACAACAUGGUUAGCAGAUUCCUUGUCGCACUGGAUGUCGGCGAGGCCAAUGACAAGGCUCCCGAAUGGGCCAAAUAGGUCAGGACUUGAGGAUGUUGACAGCGUCCUGAACUCUCUUAUGGGUGCAGUAUGGGGUACCGGCUUCAGGGCCAAGGCCUAGAUAUAGAGUCGACGCAUCCUGCUUCGAUAUCAAAUGGCUCCAGCGUGGUUCUCACGCCUGUCUCUCUUCAUGUUGCUAGGACUCUAGUGUCAAGACCCCUUUCAGUAAUGACCGGAUUCCAGGGUCAGUAGUCACAAAUUAUUGGUCGGACUGUGCCAGUUCUUCGGCACAAAAUCACGCAUCUCCGGGCGCGGAGUUCAAGUUGACAGAUUCAGAUCUUGCCGUGGCUAGAGGACUCGUUGGGCACAUCCAACAACCCUCCGGCGUUUGAUCUUCUGCCCUGUGCAGACUGAGAAACCGCACGCCGGAUGUCGUUCACAACAGGUAGCCUCAACUGGAUUCGUCUCAGCAAGUUCGGAGAUUCCCAUGAGUCCUGAACCAGCACCAUUCUACUGGUACAGUACGUGUAUGCAGGCCUCGCUGCCGGUUCCCCGAAGAGGAAGGGUACCGACAGCCGAGAAGGUGGUGCCUUUUCAAGAGAUACUGCCGUUGCUUACCAUAGCGUAGUUGGGUAGAAAUUUGCGGCCAAAAUGACCUGGAGGACCUUGUUGUACUGCAUCAAGAAUACCUAGAAAUUGUGCAUAGCAGCACAUAAGACGUACCUAGGUAAUGAAGUGUAGGUCCCGU